AUGGGGGAAGAUAGCAAGUGGAGAUAUUUCAGACUAUGUUGCGUGCCAAGGUCGUGGUUUCUUGUUCUUAUUAUGUGCAUUGCUGCGUUCAUACAGGGAUUCGUCGUAAAUGGCCUCGUAAAUGUGACGGUCAGUCCGAUUCAGCGUCGAUUCCAGCUGAGCUCUGCUGAUAUGGGCUUAGUCGCCUCUAUUUAUGACAUCGCUAACAUCAUUGUUAUCUUACCAGUCACUUUCUUGUUCGCCCGCGCGUCGAAGAGUCUUGUCACCGGGCUUACCUUCAUGAUUCUUGGCCUUGGCGGCAUCAUCUUCAGUCUUCCACACUUCCUUGAUGACGAUUACACCUCAACUCUCGAUUUUGACGCUGCAAGUGAAAAUGGAACGUGUCUAACAAGCACGCAGCAAUGCGAAAUCGUUGCUGGAGUCAGUCAAAACCGAUUCUACUAUGGCUUCUUUCUAGCUGGACAAGCGUUGAAUGGGAUCGGAGCAGCAGCGUUGUGGACUUUGGGAACUGUAUAUAUUGAUGAAAAUCUUUCCCAAGAAGGGGCUCCAAUCGCUAUCGGAAUUUACGAAGGAACGGGUGUUCUUGGCCCCGCAGCAGGCUUCCUCGUUGGUGGAUCUCUCCUGUCCAGUUGGGUCGAUGGAAAAGCGAUGCAACCGGCUGAUAUGAAUCCCGACAGCGCUCUUUGGGUUGGAAACUGGUGGUUAGGUUAUGUAAUUGGAGGAAUUGCAGGGCUUCUGUCUGGCUUUCUGAUGGCCGGAUUGCCGGGAAAGCUCAAGGAUGCAGAUGCGAAACAGGAGCAAAGAAUUCACGAAAUUCAAAAAGGACAAAGUAGCAAAACUCACGAAGAUUCUGGCUCCGCUCGAGAUUGGUGGCGAUCUGGAUUGACUCUUCUUCAAAACGCGCCAUUCAUGUUCCUUAUUUUUACUGGCGGCUUUGAGGCUGGAUUUGUCUCGAUCACCGCCACUUAUGGAUCGAAAUACAUCGAAGAAGUUUACGGCAUUGAUGCGGGAACAGCUGCUAUUUCAAUUGGCGCCAUUGCCGUUGCUGCUGGAGCUGUCGGACAAACUGUUGGGGGCAUUUGGGUCGGAAAAGCGAAACCAACAGUCAAGAAACAGUUACUUUUCGGCCUCACGAGUUUGCUGAUUUCCCUCUGUUUCUCAUUCGUCGGAUUCUACCAUUGCGACGAAACGAUUUUUGCAGGAGCAAAUCUCAAGUACGACACCGUUCUUUCCUCUCCUUCCAAUUCCGACCUGAACUUCACCGAUUCCGACCUCAAUCUUGACGAUUUCUCCGCGGCGAACUUUGACCACUCAUGCUUCGAGAACUCCACUUGCCCUUGUUCACUCGAAAUCUUUGAUCCAAUUUGCGUCAAUGGAGUUAGUUACUUUUCUUCCUGCUUUGCCGGCUGCGAUAGUUCAAAUGCAACGGAAAUCACAAAAUGCGACUGUCUUCCAGAGCCAGAAAACGUCGAAGUGACAAUUGGAGCUUGCCCGAAUCAAAAAAAGUGUCAUUUCGCCGUCAUGUUGACUUAUGAAUUCUUGGUUCUUUUCUUUACCUUUUUGAAUGGAGUUCCGGCGACGAACUCGAUCCUGCGAAUGGUUCCACAGUCGCUGAAAUCGCAGGCGAUGGGGUUGAAUAUUGCUAUGUUACGACUCAUUGGCUCGAUUCCUGGACCCAUUAUCUUCGGAAAACUCAUUGAUAGUGUUUGCAUUCUUUGGCAACAAAGUUGUGGCAAAGAUGGAAGCUGUCGAUUGUACAACAAAAACUCCUUCAUGAUAACAUGGGUAGUUGUGCACAUUGUCUACAAAAUCCUCGGUGGAAUCGGCUGGGCUGGCGCCUAUUUCUCGUUCAAAUCAGAAGACGAAGUUGAGCAGCCGACAAACGAUUCUGCGAAGAGAAUCAGAUCGUCUCAAUUAAACAACUCUGUCGGGGUUGAUAACCCUGGCUUUAACGAUAAGUAUUCCGCAAGAUCAUAA